AUGGAGAGUCCCACUAAACACUCGUCCCCGCCAGGGUCGAUAGAAGUCAAAGAUGUGACCGUGAGUGCUGCUGCUACGGUCCUCGGUGACGAGACUCCUCUCAAGAUCACCCCCUCGCACAGUCAGCACAACGAAUGGAGCCUGCUGCAACGGGUUCAACAACAACAUGAGCGGGACCUGGCCUCCGGAUUCAAGCGUCAGGAGCUUGGUGUGACCUGGCAAAAUCUCAGUGUCGACGUUAUUAGCGCGGAGGCGGCCGUCAAUGAGAACGUCUUCUCACAGUUUAAUAUCCCCCAGCAUAUCAAGGAAUCCCGCAGCAAGCCCCCACUUCGCACCAUCCUGAACAAGAGCCAUGGCUGCGUCAAGCCCGGCGAGAUGCUUUUGGUGCUAGGCCGUCCUGGCUCCGGUUGUACAACGCUGCUGAAGAUGCUUGCCAACCGUCGAGGCGGAUACAGGGCCGUGGAAGGAGAUGUCCGAUUUGGCUCGCUAUCCCCCCAGGAGGCCAGCCAGUAUCGAGGCCAGAUUGUCAUGAACACCGAGGAGGAGCUAUUCUUUCCGACCUUGACAGUCGGACAAACCAUGGACUUUGCAACUCGCCUCAAGGUCCCCUUCCACCUGCCGAACGGUACCGACUCUCCCGAAGCGUACAAAGACGAAGCGAAGAAGUUCUUGAUGGAAUCAAUGGGAAUCUCCCACACGGAAAACACCAAGGUCGGUAACGAGUACGUUCGUGGUGUCUCGGGUGGUGAGCGCAAGCGCGUCUCAAUCAUCGAAUGCCUCGCCACCCGCGGAUCCGUCUUUUGCUGGGAUAACAGUACCCGUGGCCUGGAUGCCAGCACCGCUCUGGAGUGGACCAAGGCUAUCCGUGCCAUGACUGAUACCCUGGGCCUGUCAACCAUUGUCACCCUCUACCAGGCCGGGAAUGGUAUAUAUGAGCUCUUUGACAAGGUGCUGGUCCUGGACGAGGGCGAACAGGUGUACUACGGCCCUCGUGAACAGGCCCGGCCGUUCAUGGAGGAGGCUGGCUUCAUCUGCCGCGAUGGUUCCAACGUCGCCGAUUUCCUUACUGGUGUCACUGUUCCCACUGAACGCCGCAUCCGCGAAGGAUACGAAAAUCGCUUCCCCCGAAACAAGGACACACUUCGCCAGGCGUACGAAAAGUCCUCCAUCUACACGAACAUGGUCUCAGAGUACGACUACCCGAACUCCGAAGCUGCACGCGAAUGCACCCGAGACUUCAAGGAGGGCGUGGCCUUCGAGACCUCCCAACAUCUCCCCAAGAACAGUCCUCUGACUGUUAGCUUUACCGAGCAGGUCAAGGCCUGUAUCGCCCGGCAAUACCAGAUCAUUUGGGGUGACAAGGCGACGUUCAUCAUCAAGCAGGUUGCCACCCUGAUGCAAGCUUUGAUUGCUGGUUCCCUCUUCUAUAGCGCCCCUGAUAAUUCGGGUGGUCUGUUCGUCAAGUCUGGUGCCCUUUUCUUCUCUCUGUUGUAUAACAGUUUGCUUGCCAUGUCCGAGGUAACAGACUCCUUCGAGGGUCGUCCAGUCCUAGUCAAGCACAAGAGCUUCGCUAUGUUCCACCCCGCCGCUUUCUGCAUUGCCCAAAUCGCCGCCGAUAUCCCCGUAUUGUUGUUCCAGAUCAGCGUCUUCUCGCUGGUCGUCUACUUCAUGGUUGGCUUGACAAUGUCUGCGGGAGCCUUCUUUACCUACUGGAUUUUGGUCUUCGCCACUACUAUGUGCAUGACCGCCCUCUUCCGCGCGGUUGGUGCUCUCUUCUCCACAUUCGAUGGUGCUUCCAAGGUUUCCGGUUUCCUCAUCUCGGCGUUGAUCAUGUACACUGGCUAUAUGAUUCAAAAGCCCCAGAUGCACCCGUGGUUCAGCUGGAUUUUCUGGAUAAACCCGCUAGCCUACGGCUUUGAGGCUCUCCUGGCCAGCGAAUUCCAUGGGAAAGUCAUCCCCUGUGUCGGAAACAAUAUCGUUCCGCAAGGCCCCGGUUACGACAACGCUGCGCACCAGUCUUGUGCUGGUGUCGGCGGUGCCAUCCAGGGCAACACCUAUGUCACCGGCGAUCAGUAUCUCGCCUCGCUCUCUUACAACCACUCUCAUCUCUGGCGCAACUUCGGUAUCAACUGGGCUUGGUGGGUUUUAUUUGUGGCGGUCACUAUCAUUGCCACUUCUAGGUGGAAGUCCCCUUCGGAGAGUGGAAGCUGCCUAGUUAUUCCCCGUGAGCGACUGAGCCAACACCAGCAGAACGCUCCCACCGACGAAGAGUCGCAGGUGCAAGAGAAGUCGAAGAAGCCAUCUGAAGGUGAUGCCCAGGAAGAGAAUAACAUUAACAGCCAGUUGGUCCGCAACACUUCCGUGUUCACCUGGAAGAAUCUGUGCUACACCGUGAAGACCCCUACCGGUGAUCGCAUGUUACUCGACAACAUUUAUGGGUGGGUCAAGCCUGGUAUGCUAGGUGCCCUGAUGGGUUCCUCCGGUGCUGGCAAGACUACUCUGCUCGAUGUUCUGGCACAGCGUAAGACCGAGGGUACCAUCAAGGGCUCGAUCAUGGUAGACGGCCGCCCUCUGCCUGUUUCCUUCCAGCGUUCUGCCGGCUACUGUGAGCAGCUUGAUGUUUUGGAGCCAUUUGCCACCGUCCGGGAAUCUCUCGAGUUCUCUGCCCUCUUGCGGCAGAGCCGGGAUGUGCCCCGCGAGGAGAAGCUGAAGUAUGUCGACACUAUCAUCAAUCUCCUAGAGCUGCACGAUAUUGCUGAUACCCUCAUCGGUCGCAUCGGUGCUGGUCUGAGUGUCGAGCAGCGCAAGCGUGUCACCAUUGGUGUCGAGCUUGUUUCUAAGCCCAGCAUUUUGAUUUUCCUGGACGAGCCUACCUCCGGUCUCGAUGGACAAUCCGCCUACAACACCGUUCGUUUCUUGCGAAAGCUCGCCGACGUCGGCCAAGCUGUUCUCGUUACUAUUCACCAGCCCUCCGCUCAACUCUUUGCUGAAUUCGACACUCUCCUUCUGCUUGCCCGGGGUGGCAAGACCGUGUACUUUGGAGAUAUUGGCGAUAACGGCCAGACUGUUAAGGACUACUUCAACCGCUAUGGCGCCCCGUGCCCCAACACUACCAACCCGGCCGAGCACAUGAUUGACGUUGUCUCGGGUCACCUCAGCCAAGGUCGUGACUGGAAUCAGGUCUGGCUGGAGUCGCCCGAGCACCAGAAGGCCCUCCAGGAGCUUGACCAGAUUGUCGAUGCCGCUGCUGCGAGCCCCCCGGAAUUCGCGACCUCAAUCUGGGAGCAGACGAAGCUCGUGACGAUUCGCAUGAGCACGGCCCUAUUCCGCAACACAGAUUAUGUCAACAACAAGUUCGCCUUGCACAUCGGUUCGGCCAUUUUCAACGGAUUCACUUUCUGGAAGAUCGGCGAUAGCGUCGGUGAUAUGCAGCUGCGUUUGUUCACGAUCUUCAACUUCAUCUUCGUUGCCCCUGGUGUGAUCAACCAGCUGCAGCCGCUCUUCCUAGAACGCCGCGCGAUCUACGAGCAGCGCGAGAAGAAGUCGAAGAUGUAUUCCUGGUGGGCCUUCGUGACCGCCCUCGUCUCCUCGGAGAUCCCUUACCUCUGCAUCUGCGGCGUACUGUACUUCGUGUGCUGGUACUGGACGGUGGGCGGCGACACUGCCUCCAGCAAGUCCGGCGCCACUUUCUUCAUGAUGCUGCUCUAUGAGUUUGUGUACACCGGUAUCGGCCAGUUCGUUGCCGCGUACGCGCCCAACGCCACCUUCGCCUCGCUGGUGAACCCCCUGAUCAUCGGAACCCUGGUGUCGUUCUGUGGUGUCCUCGUGCCGUACGCGCAAAUCCAGGAAUUCUGGCGCUACUGGAUCUACUGGCUGAACCCGUUCAACUACCUGAUGGGCGGCCUGCUGGUCUUCAACGUGUGGGACACCGACGUCAACUGCAAGGAGAGCGAGUACGCCAUUUUCAAUCCGCGCAACGGCAGCACCUGCGGCAAUUACUUGACCUCCUACAUGGAGACCAUCGGCAUGCGCAUGAACCUGGUCAACCCGGAUGCGACCGAGAGCUGCCGCGUGUGCCAGUACACGCAUGGCAGCGACUACUUGUAUACCCUCAACCUUAAGGAGUACUACUACGGCUGGCGGGACAUUGGCAUCGUGGCUAUCUUCGUGGUUAGCUCGUAUUCAUUGGUGUAUCUGCUCAUGAAGCUGCGGACUAAGGCUUCCAAGAAAGCCGAGUAG